AAGGGGAUAAAGCAAAACUACAAUACUCUGAAGCAUAGAUUAAGUGCGUAUAUGACGAGAAUAUUUCUUUGACUUCCAUAAAAAGUUGUAUUUCUAUUCAUUGCUAAUGUACUGUAUAUUGCUAAGUAGGAUAAAAGAAAAAUAAGCAGGACGUCAUAGUACUGACUGGAAUGAAGUGGUGUUCAAUAAGCAAUAUUACCCAGUCAUCCAUACAAAUAUCGCUUUUUAUGUAAGUUCAAAGGAAAAAUUGAACCGGGACUGACAGCUGUGACAGGAAUUUGUACUGGAACCUAAUACCACGCAAGUUUUACGGCUGGGGUUGAAAUUCUCGCUUGAAUUCUAUAAUGGACUGAAAAUUACUUGAACCGAAAUUUCGGUCUCAGCGGUCUAUCGAUCAAUAAAACAUUCUCAAAGUUUCACCUUAAAAGCCGGUUUUAAUGUCCUUAGAUUAUAUGCAUUUAGUAAAUAUCUGUGUACUUGAGUAUUGAAGAUAAAAAUAACAUCUUGUGUUCGAAUACAUAUACGUACGAUGAAAGAAAGCAUAGACAAGAAAAUUUCAAAAAAAUUAUUGUCACUGCAUACGAUUGAACAAAUCGAUACAGAUGUCUGAUAAUUAGAAAUGAUUUCAUAACAUAUUCUUUAAAUCAAUUACAUUCUAAAUCUAUUUAGAACAAUGCAUCGACAAGCUCACUAAAUACACAUCAAACAGUUGUUAAUAAACGAAAUCCUAUCAAGCAACAAAAUUUCAAUGAAUCGAAGAAUAGCUACAAAACACUAUUUGUAUCGGGACUAAAACGUAGUGUGAGUAUACGGGAUAUAUACAGCUAUUUCAAUGGUUGUAUAAGAGUGACAAUCAAGCCGAAUCGUUCAGUACCACAUCUAAAAUAUGCAUUUGUUGAUUAUCACACGUCUGAACAGGCCCAGCACGGUCUUUAUCAACGUGUGGACCGAUCUCUUCUUGGUCAUGAAUGCCGUGUCGAAUAUGCCAUUUGUCAGCCAAAUAUUUCCAAAAAUCAUCAAAGCAUUGACAAUAAAAAAAUUGUAGUUACUCAAAUACCAGAAAACGUCAGUGAAAAUGAUUUGCGCCGCUUAUUCAGGCAGUGUCGUAUACUGAAAUAUUCUCCGGCACGCUUUUUACAUCGUCCACCUACGGUAACGAGAACAAAAUGCAAGGAUAAAAUUUUAUUAGGGUAAGAAUAAUGAACUUCACUGUAUUGCUUUGUUUAGUAUCUAUUCGUUCUUUUGAUAGUUUAAUAUUGAAUUAAUGUAGCCAUCGUCUAGCAUU